AUGUCUGGAUCGGAUGUUAAAAUUGGUAUCAACGGAUUUGGCCGUAUUGGUCGACUCGUCUUUCGAUGUGCCCUUGAACAAGGUGUUAAAAUAGUCGGUAUUAAUGAUCCAUUUAUUCCUGCUGAAUAUAUGGUAUAUAUGUUCAAAUAUGACUCUACACAUGGUAAAUUCAAAGGUGAAGUUACACACAAAGACAAUAAACUUAUUGUUAAUGGAACUGAAAUCGCCGUCUUUACAGAAAAAGAUCCAGAACAAAUUCCAUGGGGUAAACUCGGUGCUGAAUAUGUUGUUGAAUCAACCGGUGUAUUUACAACAAUCGACAAAUGUCAAGCACAUUUAAAAGCUGGUGCUAAGAAAGUUGUUAUUACAGCACCAUCAGCUGAUGCUCCAAUGUUCGUUAUGGGAGUUAAUGAAGAUAAAUAUACAGGAAAAGAAACAGUUCUUUCAAAUGCAUCAUGUACAACAAAUUGUUUAGCUCCACUUGCUAAAGUUAUUCAUGAAAAAUACGGUAUUGUUGAAGCUUUAAUGACAACUGUACAUUCAUACACUGCAACACAAAAAACUGUUGAUGGACCAUCAAAUAAAGAUUGGCGAGGUGGCCGUGGUGCUGCACAAAAUAUUAUUCCAUCAUCAACUGGUGCCGCUAAAGCUGUCGGAAAAGUUAUUCCUGAUUUAAAUGGAAAAUUAACAGGUAUGGCUUUCCGUGUUCCAACACCAAAUGUUUCAGUUGUUGAUCUCACUUGUCGAUUAAACAAAGGAGCUAAAUAUGAAGAAAUCUGUGCUACAAUUAAAGAAGCUGCUAAUGGUCCAUUGAAAGGAAUCUUAGGUUAUACUGAUGAAGAAGUUGUUUCAACAGAUUUCAUUGGUGAUACACAUUCAUCAAUCUUCGAUGCUAAAGCCGGUAUUUCACUCAAUGAUAACUUUGUUAAACUUGUUUCAUGGUAUGACAAUGAAUAUGGUUAUUCAAAUCGGGUUGUCGAUCUUAUUAAAUUUAUUGCCAAGAAAGAUCACCAACAAUAA